AUGUACCGUGUAGCGCGGCCCGUAUUGAAGCCUCUUACCUCCAAUUUGUUUGGUGGGUUUGGUGGUCCAUUGCUGACUUUGAACAGGUCAAAAAGAUUUUAUAGCUCUAAGUUCCCCAGUGAAAUAGAGUUAGAUGGUCAAACAUUCAAGACAGACGAAUGGACUAAUGUUCCUCCUUAUAUCCUUGAAUUAACCAAGAGACAAUUGCAUCAGGAUGUUAAUCAUCCAAUAGGAAUUUUGAAGGAGUUAGUUGAGACAACUUUCAAGGACAUGGGGUACACGUACUAUAACGAUUUCAAACCAUUAGUUACCCCAUUUCAAAAUUUUGAUGUGUUAGGAUUCCCUCAAGAUCACCCGGGACGGUCAAAAUCAGAUACAUAUUAUUUAAAUAAGGACUAUUUAUUGAGAACACACACUUCAGCCCAUGAACAUGAAUGCUUUCAAGAAUGUAAAACUCCAGGUUACUUUAUCACUGCAGAUGUUUAUAGAAGAGACGAAGUUGACAGAACUCAUUACCCCGCCUUUCAUCAAUUGGAAGGUGCUAGAUUAUGGUCUCAAGAGGAUGAAGAUUGGGAGCUGCAGAUGUUGAAAGAUAUUGCAGCUAUUCCACAAACUGACAUUAUUGUUGAAGAUCCAUUCCGUGAAAACAAAACCUUCAACUCCGAGAACCCUAAACAGGAUUACAUGACCGAUAGACAAUGUGAAUUAGCAUCACUUCAUUUAAAGAAAACUAUUGAGUAUUUGGUAAACCAGGUGUUUGAAAAUGCCCGUAUCUCGGCCAAAUUGGCUGGUUCAACUGAAGAAUACUUGAAUGAACCCUUGAAAGUUAGAUGGGUUGAAGCAUAUUUCCCUUGGACUUCUCCCUCUUGGGAAAUCGAAGUUUGGUGGAAGGGUGAAUGGCUUGAAUGUUGCGGAUGUGGUGUUGUUCAGAACCAAGUUUUACGCAACUCCAAUUUAGGAGAACACAAAUUUGGCUGGGCUUUUGGAAUUGGAUUGGAUAGAAUUGCCAUGUUACUAUUUGGUAUACCUGAUAUUCGUCUUUUCUGGUCACUUGAUGAAAGAUUCAAAAAUCAAUUUGUCCAGGGUCGUAUUUCUACUUUUGCACCUUAUUCCAAAUAUCCAGGUAUUAAGCGUGAUGUUUCCUUUUGGCUGCCACCAGAUUCUCAACUACAUGUGAAUGACGUUAUGGAAAUUAUUCGUUCUAAGGGAGGCGAUCUCAUUGAAAACGUUACUUUAAUAGAUGAAUUUCUUCAUCCAAAGACAAAGAAAACUUCUCAAUGCUACAGAAUCAAUUAUCAAUCAAUGGAUAGAAACCUAACCCGAGAAGAGAUAAACAAGAUUCAAGAAGGUGUGGAACAAGAAUUGAUAGAAAAUUUCAACGUCAAAAUCCGUUAA